AUGGGCGCUAAUUGGCUUGUGAUGACUGACGCCUACUCAAAACACCCCUGCAUCAGCCAAAUGCAGUCUAUACGAGUAUCUACGAAGGCUACUGUGAAGCUGGUUGAACGGGACUUCGCGCACUUUGGAUUCCCUCGUGCGCUAGUUACGGAUAAUGCCCCAACCUUCAAGUCCGAGGAAUUCCAGAGUUGGUGUAAGGAGCGAGGAAUUACGCAUCUGACCGGAGCACCAUACCACCCAGUAAAGAAUGUAGCUGCGGAACGUCUGGUGCAGACAUUCAAACAAGCAUUCAGGAAAUCAUUCCUGCCACCGAAGGCAGCAUUGCAAGAAUUUAUAAGGCAGUAUCGUCGAAUACCAACUGCUAGUGGUUACUCACCGAGUGAAUUACUAAACAAUCGGCAAAUUCAGAUUAAAAUAGACACAUUGCUACCCUCGCCAGCACAUAUUGCACAAGGCAAACAACCAAGGGAAGCAGUUAAGUCGCAGUAUCGGGAAACACUGUCGCGUCUUACUACUACUUAUGACGUCGGUGAUCCUUGCUGCGCUCUUUACUACAGGCCGCGACGAGACAACGAUCCUAGGUGCGUUCCAGCUAUGGUGACCAAACGCUUCGGCAGCCGCACGGUGAACGAUCGAGUUCAUCCCCAAGGACCCAUUUGGAGAAGACACCUAGAGCAGUUACGCCCUCGCUACUCGUCUGAGGAAGAUAACGAGCCAGGCUAG